CUACAGGCGAACAAAUCGUAGAUCUUAGGCUCAUCCUAAUUAUCCUCCCUGUGUCGUGAAACCUGCUCGGACCUCUUCACACUCGCACAGGCACAGCUUUGUAUCUUUGCCGGAGUGCUCGGCCUGUCUCCAACCGCAAUGUCCCGUCCGACCCCAUUCCAAUCUCUCUCUCUUCUUCAACCUACAUCCCAAUUUUUUCCCAUCACUGACUGGUCUCCCUUUCAACAACCCCCAACUUCCCCUCCCCUCCAGCUUCAAAUCUCACUGCGCAGAGCCAGAAACCCCAUUCCUCACAGCUGCUCCGCCAUCUCCGGCAGCUCAUCACCCGUGGAAUCCUCUCCGUCUCCGCCGACCAUCAUUUUCAUCAAAGGGGUAGCCCUGUCAACCACCCAGGUACGGCUGAAGAUAGUGUUCUCCCUGUUUGGAGAGAUCAGCCGAGUGAAAUUCAUAGUGGACAAGAGAACGAAUGAGUCACUAGGAUUCGCCUAUGUGUGGUUUGCUAGUGAAGAGUCUGCCCAUCUCGCUGUGGAAGUAAUGAAUGGAAAGUUCUUUGAUGGGAGGUUCGUCCUAGUUACCAUUGCAACGUCUGGUUCUUGCAAAAUCGCCAGCAAUAGAACAAUAGCUCACUUCAGGUUUUGACUUUGGAUUAUUAGCAGCGAAGGUAAAGUGAGUUCUCAAUCACGCCGAGUUCUAUGUCAAUUAGGCACCUCAAUUAUAACAAUUCUAUCACUGCUACUCUAAUCCAUUAAUGGUUGUUAUCCUCUCUGUCUCUCACGACUUCAAUUAAUCAUUGUGUAUUCUUUCCCAGCUAAAAACACUAUUGUGGAGGUAAAGAAAAGCUUCUGCGUAGUUCGGGCUUGUGUUUAUAGAAAUGUAAAAGAUAGAAGGCGGUGGAGGCUCGGAUUAAUUACGAAUAGAAAUAGUUUUAAGGU